AUCAUUUGUCACUAAUUCGUUAAUAUAAUAAUGCAAAAUGGCAGCGCCCAUGACAGGAAUUAGAAUGGCGUACAAACUUGGAGAUUUUACAUGUAAAUCAGUAAUAAAAUGCAAAAUCAGCAGUUUCUCUGGAAAUCUUGCAUUCACUCCGUUCGUUGAGCAUAGUUUAUUGUACGGAUCUUGUGGAAUAAGGACUGUAACCGUUGAUCCAAAGACUUCUUGUUGGAAUGUCCCGAAACGUUUUCAGUUCACCCAUGCAACUCGACUUCGAAAUAGGAGGAGACUCGAUCUGCCUCAAAGAUCUCAAGAGUUUAUUUCAAAUCUAAGGAGCAAGGAAAGAGAAACUCUUUUAGCUGAACUAUUAAAGUACCAAAACAUUAAGAAUAUAGAUCUAGAAGCUUCUACGAAAAGUACCCCUGAUAAAGAGCUUCCAGAGACAGUCGUUAUACCCAAUCCAACCAGACAGCAAUUAAGAAUGGUUGCCAUCAGCAAUGCUCUACCAUUUAUUGGAUUUGGAUUCUUUGACAAUGCCAUCAUGAUUAUUGCAGGCGAUUACAUUGAUGUAACAAUAGGAGGUGCACUAAGUAUAUCAACAAUGGCUGCUGCAGGCUUUGGCAAUAUGAUAUCUGAUGUUGCAGGAAUAGGUUUGGCAGGUACCGUAGAGUCUUUUGUGUCUAAGAUGGGUGUACAUGUUCCAGUGCUUACUCCUGAGCAACAAGACCUAACAAAGACGAGAUGGACUGCUAAUCUGUCUCGUGCUCUGGGUAUAGCUGUAGGCUGCUUCAUUGGAAUGUUCCCACUUUUCUUCCUGAAAACCAAAGAAGAUAUAGAAAGUGAUGAAGAUGAUGACAAAGGGACAACGUAGAUAUUCUUGUGAUGAUCCUUUUCCCGUUCCACCUUGUUAUGCUGCGAGUAUUAAAAUAACCUCAUGGUUUACCCUUUCCCUGUGUAAAGACAGAUUAUUGUGCAUUUUCAUGGGGGAAUUGACACCAUUUGGAUAUGUAUCAUGCAAAGUAGAAUGAGAUUUGUGUCCAGCAGACGUGUAGAACCACUGGAAAUUACUGUCUCACUUUUCACUGGCGGCUUGGCCUGAAGCAGGAUUGGCCGAAGAAUUUCUCGCUGGUACAGCAAGUUUGUGCCCCCCCCCCUGCGAUGCCUCCGUUACAGGCAUUUCCAAUGCUUUUCACGAAGUCUGGUGUCAGCAAAUUUUAAUCAACUCCCCAUGAAAGCUGAUGCCCAUCUGACUUUAACAUAUAGUAAAGAGUACAGUCUUAUCCAGUUUUGUGGUAAACACAGUCGCAAGCAGUACCUGUGCAUCAUUUGCUUUAUUAUGAAGUGGAAUGUUAUCAUGAUAAUGUUAAUACUUCUUUUCCCAAUCACUUUGAUAUAGUAUCUAUCACUAUUCAUCCUCUCAACCAGAACUGAAGUUUAUCUUUAUCACUUCAUUAUAAACAGAAUCAUCUGUAACUAUGCAACUGCUUGCAACUGUGUAUUAUUCGACAGAUAUUGGUCAAAGAUUAAAACAGUUUUAUGUAUGAUAUUAUGUAAUGAUAUAUAUAUGUAUAUGUGUGCAAUAUAUACUUACAUGUAACAUCUUGUGACUUCAAUGAAGUGGUAUACAUAGAGAUAUAAAGAGAUGUAAUUGUAGUUGUGCUUGAGUAGAUAAGCCUCUGGUCUGUUGCUAUUAAUAGAUGAUAAGCAAUUAGUGCCAUCUACAUGCAUCUAGAUAUAAUCUGUUCCAAGGUGCACUUUUAUUAUUACCUAGAGGUAGAUCUGGCAUUUCCAGCACUAAAAAAAACAUUCUCUAUGUAGGUACUAAUCCCUCUUGGUUCCCAUACUAAAGGAAAACCCGCUAUGUCCAAAGCCCAUGGCACACUCUGCGACGCGAUUGCACCAAGAUAUGAUUGCAUCAAAAUCACAGAGUGUGCGCCAACUCACAACGCGCUGCAACUGCAACCCGAUUUGUUGCAGUAGGAUCGCAGACCAAACCUCAAACAUUUGACAUGUCAACUUUUCUGCAAUUUCGCUUAUUUCACCCAAUCAGAUUUGUUCUAAACGAUGACGUCAUGGCCAAUUUGCUUCGCUUCUGCAGCGCAGACAACAUACUUGUAAAAGAAGAGGCGACAUGAGAUGCAGCGCAUUGCAGAGCUUUUAAUGGCAAUGUUUGCGCUGGCCCGCGAUGGGAUUGCUCUGAGAUGGGAUUGGCAACUUGUUGCAGUCGGGUCUUAGUGCAAUCAUAUCGCAUAGUGUGCGCUGGGCUUGAGAUGUGAACCCAGGACCCCUCUAAUUGAAAGACAAGGGUCAGGACCACAAGACCAAAAAGCAAUUCAAUACUUUUUGCACUGGUAGGUUUACUAGGUUAUACUUGUGGAGUUGAAACUCGUGGAACCACAAAAAUCUGUUUAACUUACAUGAUGUGAUAUGUUUUGCAUAUUCUGGUCGAAAAAACAAGUCUUGUUGGGCGAUUAUUCAACUAAUGGAAGGAAGACUGAUGUAGAGUCAGCUGUAGUAAAAAUUGUGUACCUUGGUCUUACUACUUAUGGAAAAAAACCAACACACCAUCCAAUGGUAACUUCCCUGAAAUCCUUGAUUCCGAUUGGCUGAUUAGCAUUGGUGAUUGUUACCAUUGUAAUUACCAUUGGAUGGCAAAGUUACUACUUUUAUGCAAUUGGACCAUGGGGCCUUUAUCACAAAUACAACUGUGGUAACUGCUGAGCCCCUUUACUAGUCUGCAUGCACAGACCCUGUUUGAAACUUUGAUCAACAAGUGGCUCUGCAGACAAAGACUAGCCUAUAUAAAUUCUUCCUGUUUCAAUUCUGAGCGAGAGGGCCUUCAGUACACAAGGCAUUGUAGGCUUUGCAUUCAGACCCCUCAUCUGGAGUGAAGGGUUUGCGCAGCAGACUACCCUGUUACCAUGGUAGUUGUGAUAAUUUCAAUUUCAAAUUUUAAAUUCUUAUGAAACAGGCUCCGUGGGUGUUUAUCUGUUUCUAUACUCUGAAUGACUGUACCAUGAAAUAGAUGCCAAAUGUUUUCUUUGACUUUAUACAACAUAUAAUUUUAUUUUCUUACUCUUUAUUAAAUUUGUCUUUUUUUUUAAUAGUAAAUCACGUCAUCUUGACCCUCACUAAUGUUUUCAAAUGCUGUCUUACAAAUGUUGUAAAUUCAUGCAUACCAGGUAUAUGAUGCAGUGUUUAAAUUUUAUACAGUCAGGCAUCUUUUUCUAUUGAUAAAACAGUAUGGCAUAUAAUGUCCGUUUAGUGACUUUAAAAA